UGCAGUCCAUCAGAGGGCAGCAAACUGCAGGAAGAGGACGAGGCAGGCAGCAAGAGACAUACACACAACUCCUGCAUGAGUUCACCUUCACAUUUAUAACUACCCCCCCCUCCCCAAAAACAGCUAUUUAGCUUGUCCUUUGGGAUUUCCUUACAUCAUGAACGGGUCAGCAAAGUAUACUGCGCCUACAGUGCUGGGUAUACAGUUGAAAAGAGGACCACAAGGUCUAGGGUUUAACAUCGUGGGAGGUCUGGACCAGCAGUAUGUUCUGAAUGACAGUGGGAUAUAUGUGGCUAAAAUCAAACAGAAUGGAGCUGCAGCGCUGGAUGGAAGAUUACAAGAGGGAGACAAGAUAUUGGCGAUAAAUGGCCAAAAGCUGGAGAACCUUUCACACAGUGCUGCGGUGGAGCUCUUCAGGUCAGCAGGAGAGGACGUGCAGCUUCGCGUACAGCAGAGGCCCACCAUGGCCAUGAAUGGUCCCCCCAGUUCCAGACCUGACGGGGGCUCGUCUGUCUCCUCCUUGGGAAUACUUGUGGCUGUCCUGGGAGCUGCUGCAGUCGUUACUGUCCUCUUCAUGCGCUUCCAGCCACAACUGAGGAGGCAUUUUUAAACCUAUGUAUCUUUCUCCUCCAAAACAUUUUUAAAAGCAAAACCGAGGACUGAACACUUUGUUGAGGGCCCCUCCCACAAAAAAGAAAAUAUACAGCACCAGUGAAAAGUUUGAACUCAUCUACUCAUUCAAGGGUUUUUUUCUUUAUUUUUACUAUUUUCUACAUUGUAGAAUAAUAGUGAAGACAUCAAAACUAUGAAAUAAUACAUAUGGAAUCAUGUAGUAACCAAAAAAGUGUUAAAUCAAUCAAAAUAUAUUUUACAUUCUUCAAAGUAGUCACCCUUUGCCUUGUCAGCUUUGCACACUCUUGGCAUUCUCUCAACUAGCUUAACCUGGAAUGCUUUUCUUUCAGUCUUGAAGGAGUUCCCACUUAUGCUGAGCACUUGUUGGCUGCUUUUCCUUCACAUCCCAAACCAUCUCAAUUGGGUUGAUGUCGGGUGAUUGUGGAGACCAGGUCAUCUGAUGCCGCACCAUCACUCUUAUUCUUGGUCAAAUAGCCCUUACGCAGCCUGGAGGUGUGUUGGGUCAUUGUCCUGAUGAAAAGCAAAUGAUAGUCCCACUAAGCCCAAACCAGAUGGGAUGGCGUAUCGCUGCAGAAUGCUGUGGUAGCCAUGCUGGUGAAGUGUGAUUCCUUGGAUUCUAAAAAAAUGAGUGUCAUCAGCAAAGCACCAUCACACCUCCAUGCUUCACGGUGGGAACCACACAUACAGAGAUCAUCCGUUCACCUACUCUGCAUCUCACAAAGACACGGCGGUUGGUCUAAUGUCCAUUGCUCAUGUUUCUUGGCUCAAGCAAGUCUCUUCUUAUUAUUGGUGUCCUUUAGUAGUGGUUUCUUUGCAGCAGUUCGACCAUGAAGGCCUGAUUCACACGGUCUCCUCUGAACUGUUGAUUUUGAGGUGUGUCUGUUACUUGAACUCUGUGAAGCAUUUAUUUGGGUUGAAACUUAUCCUCUGUAGCAGAGGUAACUCUGGGUCUUCCUUUCCUGUGGCGGUCCUCAUGGGAGCCAGUUUCAUCAUAGUGCUUGAUGUUUUUUGCAACUGCACUUGAAACUUUCAAAGUUCUUGAAGUUUUCCAGAUUGACUGACCUGCAUGUCUUAAAGUAAUGAUGGACUGUUAUUUCUCUUUGCUUAUCUGAGCUGUUCUUGCCAUAAUAUGGACUUUUACCAAAUAGCCCUAUAUUCUGUGUACCACUGCUACCAUAUCACAAUACAACUGAUUUGCUCAUGCAUUAAGAAGGAAAGAAAUUUCACAAAUGAACUUUUAACAAGGCACACCUGUUAAUUGAAAAGCAUUCCUCAUGAAUCUGGUUAAGAGAAUGCCAAGAGUGUGCAAAGCUGUCAUCAAGGCAAAGGGUGACUACUUUGAAGAUUUAAAAAAAAAAAAAAAAAAAUGGUUGGUAACGACAUGAUUCCAUACGUGUUAUUUCAUAGUUUUGAUGUCUUCACUAUUCUACAAUGUAGAACAUGGUAAAAAUAAAGAAAAACCCUGGAAUGAGUAGGUUUGUUCAAGCUUUUGACUGGUCCUGUAUAUACAUAUAUUUUUUUUACCAAAAUGCUCAACUUUACUUUCUUGCUACAGGUAUAACACUGACGAGAUAACGAGAACUUUGUAAUUGUACAAAUAAAUUGAAAAGAUGUGCGCAAGGCAUUCCCUCUGCUGGGCAGAGCUGUGCUCCUCAGACAGAAGGACUUGGCUGACCUAAAAAAGCUUAUUUAUCCCAAAGAUAUCGUUCUCUGUCAGGAUGGAGAUUUAUUUGUAGAGUUUCUAGGCAGAGGUUGAGCCUGACUCACUCAAGGUGCCUGCCUGCUCACCAGUUUCCUGUUCUUACAGGGUGUUUUUGGAAACUGAAAGGCCAUGUUGUGUUCAGUCACUCUGAGUAACCUUUGUAACUGAAUGGCUGAUCUGUUUUUUUGGUGAGCCAGUAGGCUGAGAACUCACUGGUACCCUGUGUUUUGAUUUGUCUGUCUGUACAGAUGCAAAUUAGCUAUGUGUUUUGAUUUGUCUGUCUGUACAGAUGCAAAUUAGCUAUGUGUUUUGAUUUGUCCAUCUGUACAGAUGCAAAUUAGCUAUGUGUUUUGAUUUCAUAAUUCUUAUCUUUAUGUUUUGUCCCUCCUGUGGUUAAAAUGUCUCUAAUUGUACCAGAAUCAUUUCAGGUUGAGUAGCUCUAUAUGUGUAAAGAUAACAUUUGAGGUUGAGAGGUGGUUCAGACUAGUCACAUUGAGGCUCGUGAUGGAUGUUGAAUCAGUGAUGUGUUGUGAACAUAGUAGCCUGGUCUCAGAUCUGUUGAAUCCUCCUAUAGCCUGGUCUCAGAUCUGUUGAAUCCUCCUAUAGCCUGGUCUCAGAUCUGUUGUCUCCUCCUAUAGCCUGGUCUCAGAUCUGUUGUCUCCUCCUAUAGCCUGGUCUCAGAUCUGUUGUCUCCUCCUAUAGCCUGGUCUCAGAUCUGUUGUCUCCUCCUAUAGCCUGGUCUCAGAUCUGUUGUCUCCUCCUAUAGCCUGGUCUCAGAUCUGUUGUCUCCUCCUAUAGCCUGGUCUCAGAUCUGUUGUCUCCUUCUAUAGCCUGGUCUCAGAUCUGUUGUCUCCUCCUAUAGCCUGGUCUCAGAUCUGUUGUCUCCUCCUAUAGCCUGGUCUCAGAUCUGUUGUCUCCUCCUAUAGCCUGGUCUCAGAUCUGUUGUCUCCUUCUAUAGCCUGGUCUCAGAUCUGUUGUCUCCUUCUAUAGCCUGGUCUCAGAUCUGUUGUCUCCUCCUAUAGCCUGGUCUCAGAUCUGUUGUCUCCUCCUAUAGCCUGGUCUCAGAUUUGUUGAAUCCUCCUAUAGCCUGGUCCCAGAUCUGUUUGUGCUCUUGCCUACUCCACUGCUGUCCCUAUCAAGACAAACUGUUUGGCGUGACAAGGAGUUGACAUGAUGUCACAAACUGGCAUCAUCAGGCUACUAUAUAAAUCAGGCGUCUCAUUAGAAUGCACAGUGAUGACGGUUAGGCUGUCCAUGUUGUAAAGUAGGAGAGACAUGUUUUAUAUCUGUCUGGACUAUGUCACUAAUGUGUGUCCCUAAUAGAAAAAUGUUAUUUUAAAUGUUUCCAGGUUCACAUUGAGGCUGGUGUUAUUUGUUAAUCUAAUUUUUUUUUUCUUUUUUUUUCUGUUAAUCUAAUCCAUGCGGUGUGCAUCACUUACACAUUAACAGCAGUAAGCAAAUAGAUUUUAUGGAAAAAGGGACAUUUAUCGCUUUAUCUACUUUAGUAUUGUUUGUAAAGAAGGAAAACAAAAUAUGACUUUAAAACAGACCGUUUGAUGCUGUUUUGAAAGCCAUAUGGAGCCAUUCAUUUAAUCAAAGGCCCGAUGCUGCCACCUAGUGGAUGUUUAGCAGUCCUGCAGGUCAUCCAAUCACUGUCAUAGAGGGGUGGAUUAAGGGUGUGUGUAUAAAUGUUUUUUUGUCAUAAUUAGCACCCUAUUCCCUAAGUAGUACACUACUUUUGACCAGAGCCCUAUGUAGAGAAUAGGGUGCCAUUUGGGACUCAAACAUGGUUGAUGUUCAACAUUUACAUUCCAUGUAUUUUGUAUUAUCCGUAUAUAGGUGUGUGUCAUCACCCUACUGACCUUGUAUGAAGCAAAAACAAGUACAUUUUAUAUUAUACUACAAAUGCCAAUAAAGAGAGCUCAGGACAGUUGCAUUUCAA